GGACGGGCCAUUCGUCCGCGCGCUCGCGCAGCCGCACUGCUGUCACACACUGCGAAGCGUAGGCUGAGCGAAGAUGGCGGCUGUCGUGGAGAAUGUAGUGAAGCUGCUGGGAGAGCAGUACUACAGGGAUGCCAUGGAGCAGUGCCACAAUUACAAUGCGCGGCUGUGCGCAGAGAGGAGCGUCCGAAUGCCGUUCCUGGACUCACAGACGGGAGUGGCUCAGAGCAACUGCUACAUCUGGAUGGAGAAGAGGCACCGGGGUCCAGGAAUGGCCCCUGGGCAGCUGUACACAUACCCCGCCCGGCGAUGGAGGAAGAAGAGGCGAGCUCACCCCCCUGAGGACCCCCGUCUGGCGUUUCCUCCCUUGAAAUCAGAGCUGGACCUGGGGCUGAAGAAAGAUUCCCUGGCUUCUGCUGAUGGUAGCAGCCUGGAGGCGCUCCUCAAGGGGGAGCCCCUGGAUAAGCGAGGAGUCCCAGACCUCCGGGGGCCCGAGGAGGACCCCAUCCUGGCGGAGCUCACCGGUGGCAGUUUGAACCCUGCCACCCGCGUCAGGAAGAGAAUAUUGGAGCCUGACGACUUUCUGGAUGACCUGGACGAUGAAGACUAUGAAGAAGACACCCCGAAACGAAGAGGAAAAGGAAAAGGAAAGGGCCGUGGAGUUAGCAGCACCCGAAAGAAGCUGGACGCAGCCGCCGCCGCCCUGGAGGACAGGGACAAGCCUUACGCUUGUGACAACACUUUCAAACAAAAGCAUAUUUCAAAACCUUCUGAACGAGUUUGUGGGAAGCGCUACAAGAACCGCCCUGGGCUGAGCUACCACUACACCCAUUCUCACCUCGCGGACGAAGAAGGUGAGGACAAGGAGGAGGCUGAGAUCCACGCCCCAACCCCACCCCAAGUGGAUGAACCCAAGACGCCCAAGAAAGGACCCGAUGGCCUGGCGCUACCCAACAAUUACUGCGACUUCUGCCUGGGCGACUCCAAGAUCAACCACAAGACGGGCCAGUCGGAAGAGCUGGUGUCAUGCUCUGACUGUGGGCGCUCAGGUCACCCAUCCUGCUUGCAGUUCACCCCUGUCAUGAUGGCUGCUGUCAAGACAUACCGCUGGCAGUGCAUCGAGUGCAAGUGCUGCAACAUAUGCGGGACCUCAGAGAAUGACGACCAACUGCUGUUCUGCGACGACUGCGACCGAGGGUACCACAUGUACUGCCUCAGCCCCCCCAUGGCCGAGCCCCCAGAAGGAAGCUGGAGUUGUCAUUUGUGUCUGGACCUCUUGAAAGACAAGGCCUCUAUAUACCAGAACCAAAACGCACCCCCAUCAUGAUGGAUUCUACCACAACCGUUCUUCGGUAUCCUGUUUCCUGGCAUCAUCCCCCCUACCCCAUUUUCCUAUCCCUAACUUAAGAGGAGGUACCAUAGCUGAGGCCUAGAGGUAAACUGGUGGCCUCCAAAAAGGGGAGCCAACAUGCCCUGACCCUGCCCCACCAGCAGGGGGAGCCACUCGUCCAUGCGUCUGCCACCUCCUCUCUGGUUUGUUCCCACUAUGACUGUUACACAGUUUUGAGAUCCGCAGCCUUUUAAGCAGUUAGCCAAUCUACCGAACUCAGAUAACCCUAGUGUGUCUUGCUUUUUUGUUGUUUGUUUGUUUGUUUUGAUUUUGUUUUUACAAUUUUUUAUAGUUGAUCACAACCAGUGAUUGUUUUUUGCUAAUGAGAUGCUUUUCCACCGUAUGGGAGAUACACACGAUGCUGCGAAACAAGUAGAGUGAGCUGCAGAGUUCUGAGGCUGUGCAGAACCAUCAGUUUUUCAAAGAGGAAGAAAUGACUUGUAGAACGUGCACCUGCAACCGUUGAGAGCCAAACCAUCUGAUUCUAAACUAAGACUGUCCCUUGUUCGUUUCCGAGACACGCGUAGAUGACAAUUCUGUGUGUAGAAGACCAUUUAGCAUGCCAGUUCUUGUUUUUAAUAAGGAAUGGUAAACCUUUCAUAUUUAUAUUACUUGUCUAGCAUAUAAUGGUGUGAAAGUAUUUAAAAUCUGGAGCGUAGUGUGUUGAUUAUAGUCGUCACUACUUUGGCUGUUUUAUUUUUUAUAAACAAACAAAAUGUUGCACAUUUCGCACCAGCCUGAAGCCAGAGAUUUCAGAAGUGAGAAGGAAAUCGGCUUAGAGGCUGCCGACGUGCUCGUGUACCGUGAUCUCCAGUGAGGCGCCCCGUUGCACUAUCCGGGACCUCGCUUGCGGUUCAGACGCCGAUUGGUUUGGUUGGAAAGCCUCGAUCAGGUGCGAAAUAGAUCAUGUUGGUAUGGCAGUGUGAGGCGCUGUGAUUGGUUUGUGAAUUUAAGGGUGUAAGGGUGUGUAAAGAGCCUCUUCUGUUCAUUAAUGUUUGAGGCUAAAUUCCCCUUCGUGGAUAUUUUUGGGCGCAUCCUGUCAGAUAGUUCCUCUAAUACUAUAAUUAUGGCUUUUUCAAAGCCAGUAUAGAUGGAUCUGUCAUUGAAAUGCUGCCUUGUUCUGUGGACACGAGGGAUUGUAGAUAGCUGUUUGGGUUAUGGGAGAAAUGUUGCUGACAUAAAGAGAUUAUCACGGUUAAAGUAUUUUGUUGUUUCUGGGUUGUCUGUCCUUGGAUGUGGCCUGAAUGGUUUUGCCAGAGGUUAUCUGUCACUUAAGUUUCUCUUCAUUUUUUUUUGCCUAAAAGUAUGACUUUGAGGUAAGAAUCAAUAACCGAAAAGAAACCAAGGAGAACUAAACAGCCUGAACCUUAGAGGAAUUCUUCCCGUUUUGCUCGUUCUUGCUCAAGGAGAAAAUUAGGGCGUUUUUUUUUUUUUUUUUUUUUUUUGAGGGUGCAGCGUCUGUAUAGGACAGCCAGCAGAGGGCAGUGUUGAGCUGUAAUUGCUGGUGUAAAGUAGAAGAAUCCUUGUUGGUCCACAUCUGCCUUCUGGCUUUCUUGUGUGUUUCGCGCAAUGCCUGCUGGAUUUUUUUCCCCGUCUCUCAUUGUCUGAAAUGAUGUCAUGGAGAAUUGAAAGCUGAAGUCACACUGGGCCAUUUAUUGAUAAACAGGGCAAUCCCAUCUACCCAUGUCCUGGAGCUACGUACUUGUGUUAUAACAAUGAAGGGCCAGUGUGUCCUCACUGUACUGUAGAUUUACUGUAGAUAUUGUAGAUUCCUCUUUAAAGUUCAGGUAUGCUUUGUUUUUAAAUGGCAAGAACUUAAAACACACGCGUAUUCAAAGAUGACAACUCAAUACAGACAUAUGAGUUCUAUACAGGGAAUAUUUGCUUUAUGAGUGCGAUUCUUGCAUCGAGUUACACGUUUUAGUUAACUCUUCUAAUUAUGCGAUUAACUCUUUGAUGCGCUGAAGGUUUAAUUCAGGUCUUGUGUGUCGGUCAAUAUUUUGCAAGGGAAUAUCGCGUCAGAGAACAGCAGGUUAUGCACUAUAAACAGGAUAUACAGGUCGUGCCCCCCCCCCCCCCCCAUGUUUAUAUUGGAUUCUCUAUUAUGGCCAAGAUGCGUGACCUUCUUGAAGUUUUUAUCUCGCGUAAUAGUAUUUCUAGAAACAUCUGUCUAGAAACCUCACAGUGCCCCCCCCCCCCCCACACACACACACACACACACACACUUGUUUCCCGCUUUCACGUAGUGAUUAAGUUCAGAGUUGAUCGUUGAAGGCCAGGCUUUUGCAGGUUACAGAAAACGCUGUGAAUUGCCCGUGACAGGCACCUAAAACAUCAAGCGGGUUUAACGGACUCUCAAGGUAAUUGCUUCAUUAAUGCAAUUAAGGACCAAGGUUGAGUGAAAGCCUGCAGAACCUGCCCCCACCCGAGCUGAGCCUGGUACCACAGGCUUUCGACGCCACACACGCGCAAACACAGCUGUUAAGCUCCCUGUUUUCACACAUGUACGUACAGUCGGAACAUUGGAGGUCUGGCGAAGUAUUCAGAUGAAUUUCUUAUGUUAAUCAUGUUAAUCUUUUAUUUCCUCGGUAGCUAACUAACCAUUUCUUCCUAAAGCAUUAUGAAAGUAUAACCUUGUUUUCUUCCUUUCUUUCUUUCUUUGAAAAAUAAAAUUUACAAAAAAUAACAGUUAAAUCGGUGGCCACUGGAAUAUUGAUGUUUUGGUUGUUUAAACUUUCAUGGUGUCUGUUGGCUUCAGCCGAAGCUUUUUUUAGUCGUAUUUGGUUUUUCUUGGGAUGUUUUUUAUGUUACAAGAUUUUUUUAAAGAAAAUAAAUAUUUGACACAGA